AUGUUCGUGUUGAACAAAGAAUGUCGUAUUUGUUACGAAUCACUUCCAAGGUCUUCUUUUCGUGAAAUCACAGUAAAUUGUGAUCAUGGAUUAUUUAUUUGUAAACCUUGUGUUAGUAAACAUAUUUCAGCUCAACUGGAUAGUAAAGGUGACGUAGAUAUUAAUUGUCCGUUUGAAAAUUGUGAGGAAAAAUUGGAAUAUCAUGAUGUAAAAAAACAAGCCAGUCAAGAAGUAUUUGAUAGAUAUGAUACCUUAACACUUCUCCAAGCUUUGAGGCAAAUGCCAGAAUUUAGAUGGUGUAAAAAUUCCGGAUGUGGUUCUGGUCAGAUUCAUUUCCAAGAAGACGAUGCUCCUAUAAUGACUUGUGAAGCUUGUGGUGAAAAAUCCUGUUAUACCCAUGAUGUUCCUUGGCAUCAAGAUUUAACUUGUGACGAGUAUGAUGUUAAUAGAAGGGGUGAAGAUGAGGCCACUCAGGAUUUACUCGAUAGAGAAACCAAACCAUGUCCCAAAUGUGGUGUAAGAAUCAUCAAGUAUGAGGGUUGUAAUCACAUGACUUGUAGAAUCGGUAGUUGUAAAUAUGAAUUUUGUUGGUUGUGUUCGGCUGAUUUUAAUGAGAUUAGGAAAAAUGGAAAUACGUCUCAUAAAUCAACCUGUCAAUU